CCACUAAUUGUCUCCUUUUUCACAUGGAGUGGGCUCCACACAAGUGAAAAAGAGGACUCAUGCAUUGCUCCCGGAGGUCUAUUUAGGCAGGGAUUCUAGCGUGGAACCACCCUAUUCAGUCGUAUAGAAAACUGUAAUUCACUAGCUAGAGCUUCUUUACUUCUGAAAAUCAUUAAUGGCAAGUAAAAUCUCCAGCACCCCCGAUGAGAUCCCACAGAGAAAGGUGCCAAUGGACGAUGUUACCAUUGAUGCUGGAAUGAAGAAAGAUCUCCCGGAGGUUAAUGUAGCUAAAAAGCCAUCGGUGAUGCCAGUGCCCAAAUUUUACCUUCCUCCGAAACCAAUGGGGUACCUGGCACAAAACGGUAGGCGCGCUGGGUUGCAAAUGUCCGAUUCUUUUGAUGAUGAUGAUGAAUUUGAUGAUGAUUAUUCCGAUGAUGAUGAGUUCUUCACAGCUACAAACAUGAAUCCAGAAUUGUUCAAGGCUUUAAAAGGUGGUAACAUUGCUUUCAUAGAAAAAGCACGAGAUAUGGAAUCUUGUCACCUCUUCGACACAAGCCCCAAGUUAAAUACAAUCCUUCAUGUUGCAGCAAGUUCGGGCCAUGAGAAGGUUGUAAAAGUGAUUCUCGAGACCAAAGGGUGCCAACAACUUGUCAUGAGAAAGAACUCCGCUGGUGACCUUGCUCUGCAUGUUGCUGCAAGUGCUGGGCAUCUUCCUAUAGUUAAACUUCUGCUUUCAGCAUCAUACCAGCAUCUGGAGGAAUCUCAAUGUAGUUUCGAACCACUGAAGGAGCGAAACAAGAGAGGGAAUACUCCACUGCACUUGGCCUUGAUAAACAAGUACCAAGAGGUGACCUUCAAAACCAAGUACAAUGAGGUGGCCAGAUUCUUGGUUGAGACACAACCAGUGGUGACCUGUUCUUCGAUAAAUAAGGAAAACAAGUCUCCUCUAUAUAUGGCGGCCGAAGCAGGAGAUGUUGAACUUUUGGAGAUCAUGUUGAAUAAAUUCCCUUGCCUGCAAAAUGUGGCUGGCAAAUCGAUUGUGCACCCUACCAUUUCUUGUGCCUUUACUACAAAGAACAUAGGUAUCCUAGAUACUGUUUUGAGAAAAAUGCCACAUCUCAUCACGAAUCAAGAUAUUACAGGGAUGACUCCCCUUUCCCAUGCGGCAUCAAUAGGAUUCCUUGACGGGGUUCAGUGCUUAUUAGAAAAAGCAUCAGACUGCGGAUAUAAAACGUAUAUGCUCAAAAGAGAUAACCUUGAAAUGCUUAUCAAUGAAAAAGACAAUUAUGGAAACACUCAUUUGCAUUUGGCCUCCAAGGAAAGGCAUCCUAAGGUAGUGAGUAUUUUAACAUGGGACAAAAGAGUAAGCUUGAAGUCGUUAAAUAAUUUAGGCAAGACAGCUCUCGACGUUGCUGGUGACUAUAGUACUGCAGAGUUUCCCUCAUUUCGAGAGCAAUUGACAUGGCAAGCCUUGAGAUAUGCCGGCGCCCCACGAGCUCCUCGAAGCACUACGAGCAAGAACAUGCAAAUUAUGAUGCCUCCUUUGAAGCUACACAACGAAGACAAAUACAAGGACAGAGUUGGCACUCUCUUGUUGGUUGCAACCCUCGUGGCUACUGUAACCUUUGCAGCGGCUUUCACCGUGCCCGGUGGUUACAACGGCUCUGGAGGUGUGACAACUUUUCUAGAAAAGCAGAUGUUCCAAGUGUUCGUAAUUUGCAACUCCAUAGCUAUGUAUAGUGCCAUUGCUGUUGUUGUCACUCUCAUCUGGGCACAACUCGGUGAUCUUAACUUGGUUAUUGCUGCCUUUAAGUUCGCUGUGCCAAUUUUUGGGUUAGCUCUAACAAUGGUCUCCGUAGCAUUCAUGGUAGGUAAUUAUCUAGUAUUAAGAAACCUCAACUGGCUUGCCUAUCUAGUUUUAAUCAUUGGCUCAUUCGUCCACCUUACUCUCUUGUUACUAUUUUCUCCACUUUGUUUUCCCUGUUCCUUACACCAUCGUUUUCUUCGCUACAUCCUUUACUACCCAUUUUGCCUUUUGAUAAAAGUUACUAGGAGUGACACUGAUGAUAGGAAAGAAGAAUAAUCUCCUUUACGUAUGUUAUAUGUAGUUUGCCAUUGUGUAUGCCUUUGGCAAUGCAUUCCAAAAAGGGGGAGUUGGUGUUUUAUGGGGGUUGAAGGUUUUAGGGGUAGAACUUCUAUGUUGUUGUUGUUGUUUUUUGUUUUUUUGUCAGUCUUGAUACGCUAUGCUUUCAUUUGUUUUGAGCUGUGUUGUAACUCUAUAUUUGGUAUCAGACUUAUUAUGUUAUGUUCACUUGCUUUACUGCUUAAA